AGUCUGUGCUGCAUGCAGAACUUUGCAGAUCUCGAUUCCCCAUUAGAACUUUUCUGUGGUAUAUUUCAAGCAAAUUACUGUAAGUGUCAGCAAAACUAAACGUGGGUUUCCUCUUCUCCUGGAGGCUUCUGAUCAGGUGAAGGCAUGAAGUACACUAGCACACGUGGAGGAGUGUCAGAUGUGGAUUUUGAAGGAGUGCUAUUUGCUGGUUUUGCUCAAGAUGGAGGUCUAUUUAUGCCCGAGCACAUUCCCAAGGUGAACAAGGAAACGCUGACAACAUGGAGAUCUUUCUCCUACAAAGAAUUAGUGAAGGAAAUCUGCUCUCUCUUUGUCACCCCUGAGGCUAUACCCAGACACGAGCUGCAUGGCCUGAUAGACAAAGCUUUACAUCGCUUUAGGCACAAGGAUGUUGUUCCUAUGUCCAGGUUGAAAAGUGGUCUGAAUGUCCUGGAGAUGUGGCAUGGAGCCACACUUGCCUUUAAGGAUCUUGCAAUGUCCUGUGUCGGGCAGUUUUUAGAUUACUUUUUAAAGAAGAACAAUAGACAUGUGAAUAUCUUGGUUGGGACAUCAGGAGACACAGGAAGCGCUGCUAUCGAGAGCGUGCGCGGAAUUCCAAAUAUUGAUAUCACUGUCCUGUUGCCACAUGGGCGGUGUACGGAAAUCCAGGAGCGGCAGAUGACCACAGUCAUUGAGGACAAUGUCCACGUGUUUUCUGUUGAUGGAACAUCAGAUGAGCUUGAUGAACCCAUCAAGAAGCUCUUCAGGGACACUGAAUUUGUGAAGAAGCAUAACCUAAUGAGCACAAACUCAGUGAACUGGGCACGUGUAAUGGUCCAGAUCGCCCACUUCUUCUAUGGGUAUUUCCAAUGUGCUCCAACACAGGUCGAUGACGUGCUACCUCCCGUGGAAAUAGUGGUCCCAACAGGUGGAGCUGGAAACAUUACAGCGGGGUGUAUCGCCCAGAAGAUGGGUCUGCCAAUCCAGCUAGUGGCUGUAGUGAAUAGUAAUGAUAUUAUUCACCGAACUGUACAGCAUGGUGACUUCUCUCUGGGGGACACAGAGAUGACGCUGGCCUCUGCUAUGGAUAUUCAGGAGCCCUACAACAUGGAGCGGAUACUCUGGCUGGCUGCAGAUUCUGACAGUGCAAAAAUCAAAGAAAUGAUGAACGAAUUUAAUGAGAGCAAAAGGCUCAAGUUGCCCCAGGAGCUGCACAUACGGCUUCUGGAAAUGAUGAAAUCCUGCUCAGUCACAGACGACAACAUCCUCCAGACCAUUAGACGCUGCUGGGAGGAGAACCAGUAUCUGCUGUGUCCUCAUUCCGCUGUUGCCGUCUUUUACCAUUAUCAACAGUUUGACUGCAACCGAAACGUGCCCAGAUGUUGUUUGGCACCAGCAUCAGCAGUGAAGUUUCAGGACGUCAUUCUCCGAGCUGAUCUUGUACCACAGAUACCACCAGAAAUAGAAGCCUUGAUGAGGAAGGAAACAAGGUCCACACUCCUCAAAAAGCAAGAUGACUGGGAGAAAGUGUUGCGAGAGAAAAUCGAAGCUAUUGGCCAGAAGAAAAUGUAACAGCUAAAAAUAUUCAGACAUCUAUAAGAUGGUUACCAGAUUCAUUAAACGCGGGAGAAAAAAAAUCGUUAAAGGGGUUUUCUGGAAUUGCCAUGGUUUUUAACAGAUCUGCUUAUGUAACUGCUCACUUCAUGUACAUCUUCCCCAUGCUUUUUUUUUUCAAUUUGGACUCGCCUGACCCAUUUUCACCAUGUAAACCAAUCACUCUGGUUUGUUUCCAUCCUAUAUGUAGCACUUCCUGUUCCUGUAGCCAA